AUGCCGAUUAUUGGACCUGCCGCGAUCGCACCUGCGGCUCCUCAGCAACACAAGCAGCCAUCGAGAAAGGGAAAGAAAGCAUGGAGGAAGAACGUCGAUGUGACAGAGAUCCAGCUGGGAUUGGAGGAGGUCCGAGACGAAAUUACUAAAGGUGGUAUUAUUGCCGAGAAAGACUCGGCGGAUCUCUUCACUCUCGACACUGCUGGUGAUGUAGCCAUACCCAAAAAAUAUCUCAAGGGUGCCAUCACCCUGAAGGCCGAUGAGAUAAUUGCACAGAGGUCAGCUGUUCCGGCUGUAUCCAUGCGCAAAAGGCCAGGGGAAGGCACUACGGACGGCAUCAUUGGUCCCAAGCGUCAAAGAACUAGCUAUGUCUCGCACAAGGAGCUUUUGCGAUUACAAAAAAUUGCUGAUGGUCGUCAAGACCAAGCGUUGGUCGAGGUAACAGAGGCUUCAUAUGACCCAUGGGACGUUGCAAGAGAUGAAGCAGAAGCGAAGCAAGACCCACGAUUUUCCUUCUUGGAAAAGUCGAAGAAAAAGGUAGCGCCGAAGACAUUAAAGCACAAACCCAUCUCGCUCGCCGCGAGUGGAAAGGAUAUUCCUGCUGUAAAGAAACCCGAGGGUGGCUACAGUUAUAACCCUGUGUACACUGAUUAUGAGGAGCGACUCAUCGCUGAAGGCGAAAAAGAACUCGCCGCAGAAGAGAAACGGCAGAGAAUAGCAGCGGCCGAGCAAUUGAAGCUUGACGCGGCGACCAAGUCUGCUGCAGAAGCUGAAGCCGCAGAAGCAAGGGCAGACCUAUCUGAAUGGGAAGAAGACUCGGCAUGGGAAGGAUUUGAGAGUGGAAACGAAGACGUGCGGCUGAAUGCGAAACGGCCUGAGCGAAAGACUCAAGUUCAGAGAAAUAAAAUAAAGCGCAGAAAGGAGGCAGAACGUCAAGCCAAGAUGGCAGCGGACAUCAAGAAGAAGAAUGAGCAAACUGCUCAGCUUAAGAAGAUCAGAAAAGCCUUAGAUGAGAAAGACCAGGCACGCGCUGCUGCACUCAUUGUAGCUGAAGACUCUGACCCCAGCGAUGGCGAUGAUCUGGAACUCCGGAGGCGGAAGUUGGGAAAGAUUGCACUUCCAGAGAGGGACUUAGAACUUGUCCUUCCUGAUGAGUUGCAAGAGUCAUUGAGACUGCUCAAGCCAGAAGGAAAUCUUUUGAAAGACAGAUACCGUAAUCUACUAGUUAGGGGUAAGGUCGAAAGUCGACGGCCAAUCAGUUUUGCUAAGAAGCGGAAGGUCAAGGCUACGGAGAAGUGGACACACAAGGAUUUUAUGUUACAUUAA